CUGAAUCAGUGCUCUGUGAAAGGUGUCGGAUGUCAGUGAGCGGCUCGCGCUGCUGCUGCUGCUGUAGAGCUCGCGCAGGAGGGAAGUGAGAAACACUUCCUACUUCCUCGCGCACCGUUUGUUCAAACCCUGUUGUUCAGAGGGCCGAAGACGGAAAAUAAUGCAGCUCUGAGGAAAACAAACAAACAAACAACCAAACAAACAACCCUGUAAGCCUCAAACAGCCCUGCAUUUGAGGAAGGAGGUGCGGGGAAUGAGUGUGGAGGAGAAGGACAGCAGCUGCGGUUUGAAGCGAAGCCGAGCGGCUCGGAUGGCUGCGCGCGCGCCGAGUGGAGCUGAGUGACGACGGGUGGCUUCCCACAGCGGGCCUCGCACCCUCUCAGAGUUACACACGGAGCAGAAAGAACCCCGCCGACAUGAAGAAGCAGUUUAACCGAAUGAAGCAGCUCGCCAACCAGACGGUUGGAAGAGCGGAGAAAACAGAAGUCCUUAGUGAUGACCUUCUACAGAUUGAGCGCCGCAUGGAGAUUGUGAGGCUGGUCUCACAUAAUGCGCACAAAAAGAUGGUGUCAUGUCUGCAAGGCCAUGUUGGAACAGAUGUGGAAAAGAGACAUAAAAAGUUGCCUCUGAUGGGCCUCUCUCAGGCUAUGGUGGAUGGAGGGAGUCAGUUAGGAGAAGAGUGCAUGAUUGGGAAGAUGAUGGAGAUGUGUGGAGAAGCUGAAAGUAAGCUCGCCUAUGAGCAGAGCCAGCAUGAAGUCCAGCUCGAAAGGGAUGUCCUGGACCCACUCAGCCAGCUAGCAGAGGCUGAUAUUCCCAAUAUCAUGAAACAGAGAAAGCAGCUAGCUAAACUUGUACUGGAUUACGAUUCUGCAAGAGCGAGAUAUUCGCAGGCCAAUAAAGCAAUUCUCACGGCCGCAAAUAACCCUGCAAUGGCUGCCAAAGCUGACUCAUGUAAAGAGGAGAUGGAUGAAGCCCACAACAAAGUAGAGAUAUGUAAGGAUCAGCUGGCUGCUGACAUGUACAACUUCUCCUCCAAGGAGGGAGAAUAUGCAAGUUAUUAUGUCAUGUUGUUAGAGGCCCAAGCUGAAUACCACAGAAGAUCUCUGGCUUCAAUUGAAAGCGUCCUGCCCGCUAUCAGAUCACAGCAAGAGACGUGGAUGGAGAAGCCGGCAUUCGGCACAGCGCUUGAGGAGCACCUUAAGCGCAGUAACAGGGAGAUUGCUCUGCCUCUAGAAGCCUGCGUAAUGAUGCUGUUGGAAACAGGCAUGAAAGAGGAGGGAUUGUUUCGUAUUGCUUCAGGAGCCUCUAAACUAAAGAAGCUCAAAGCAGCACUGGAUUGUUCAACUUCUCAGCUGGAGGAGUUUUACUCUGACCCCCAUGCUGUAGCUGGAGCCCUGAAGUCAUACCUGAGAGAGCUGCCUGAACCACUGAUGACCUUCCAGUUUUAUGAUGAGUGGAUUCAAGCCUCAAAUGUUUCUGAUCCAGAUAAGAGACUGCAGGCAUUGUGGGUAACAUGUGACAGUUUGCCAAAGGCCAACAAGGCUAACCUGAAAUAUUUGGUGAAGUUCCUUGCCAAGCUAGCUCAGGAGAGUGAGGUCAAUAAGAUGACCCCAAGCAACAUUGCCAUUGUACUGGGACCAAACCUGCUGUGGGCCAAAACUGAGGGGACUCUUGCUGAAAUGGCAGCUGCGACCUCAGUCCAUGUGGUGGCUAUAAUUGAGCCCAUCAUCCAGCAUGCAGACUGGUUUUUCCCAGAAGAUGUGGAAUUCAAUGUGUCAGGCAUGUUUGCGAUGCCCACUGGCCCCGUACACCAGCCUGGGCACCCUGAGCCUGAAUAUGCCACUAUAGAGCGCAGACGCCUAAGCAGCCAGGGGGCAUCAGAGACUGAGACUCCCCGUAAAGACAGCCUUGCUAGCAAACAUCCGGAGCAUGCACCUCGUAGAACUGGCACUCUAAAUAGAAAGCAGCAGCAGCACAUCUCUCCAGCCUUCCAGCCCCCUCUUCCUCCGGUGGAGGCAGGGGGGGUCCCAGCGUCCGAAGCCCCCUCUCAGUCAGCUGUAGGGGGCUCGGAGGCUGGUACUGUAAUGGCUCAGAACCAGCAACCUAUAAACCAGCAGCAAUCUGCUGAGGAGAGCAGUAUUGUUGUGCGAGAACCAACCUCCACACCUCCACCCCUGAGAAAUGGCCCUGGAGGCCCCAGUGGAACACCUGGGCAGCUGACCGUGGGGCCAUCAACAUCUGCUUCCAAGGGCCCCAGUCCACACUUGGUGCGCAGAGGUACGAAAAAACAAGCCCCUGCACCACCUAAAGUGGCUCCCAACCCCUCUUCCUCUGCGGCUACGCCUUUGAAAGCCACACCCCCUUCCUCUACACAGGCCCAAAACCCAGCCGCGAGUCCCGCCCAGCCUACAACCCUACCUCGCCGCCACUCCAGUAACCAGAUGCCCAUCCACGCCCCAAGUCACCCUCCUCCUCAGCCUCCACAUAACACAGCAGACCCGGAGCCGUCCCCUCCCAACAGCCCCUCUCCUCCAGACACACCCCCACAUGACUCCACCCAUCCUUCUUUGUCCCGCCCUCGGCCAGUUCCCAGACCACGGCCCCGACCCAGUGUACCACCGCCACCCCAGCCUCCCAGCGAGAGCACUAAUGGAGUGUGCAACUCAGCCUCCAAGAUCAUUACAGAUGUGGGCGUGACACUGAAGGGGUCCGGGCGGCUCCUUGUCCCGCAUAUAACUGUGGAACAGCCUGUGACCACGCCCCCUGAUGCUGAGACCCAGUCAGAGAGCACCAUCUUUUGAGGAGGCGAUGAAACUCCUCUUCCUCCUCCUCCUCCUCCUCCUCCUCCUCCUCUUCAUGCAGCCAAUCACUCCCUUUAAUGCUGUUUUGAGGCAGAGCGAUGCUCUGUAGACAAUGCUGGCACUCCGGGGUCUUCUUGGCACCGAGGGAGCUUUUUAGAUGCUGUUACUGUUUCAACAAUGCUGACAUAUUGAAGCUUGAGGUAAGCGAUAAACAUGCUGUAUACUGUACCAAUAUCGCAAACUGUAACCGCUCUCUCUCGUGCCAGAUUGGUUCCAGUUGCUUUGGCUUUAACGUCACAAAAAUUUUAUUUUUUUGUGCUUUUGUGUCGUUUUGUAUUGUAAUACUACAAUACUGUACAUGCGUAUUAUUACUUGUGUCUUUGUGAAAGUUUUACUGCGCAUAGUUGUAAGGGAACAGCAAAAACAAAGCAAGGUGAGCUUUAUGCAAAUGAAGUUCUCAUUCACACACUGAGUUGUGUGUUUGCUGCCUUGUAUGUUUAUCAUCCUGUCUUAUUCCCGUCAGCCAUCUUUAUUUUAACCUCUCAUUGACUGAGAGUGCAGGAUUACAUUUUGAGGACCUGAGAGAUAAUGGAGUGAUUUCUAAGAGACCAAAAACCUGUUAUAGGACAUGUAUAAUAGUGGAAAAACUUGAUUUUAAACGGCAUACAUAUGGAAAUGCAGUGUAUGGCUAAAUAUCAAGUAUUGAUUUUUGAGUACUUUUAUUCCUGCGGUGCAAUACUGAUUGCAUUUCAGACCUUUCUUUUUGCUUACAAAUGAGACAAUCACUAUAUCAAUAUUUUAAAGUAAAUGAGUGAAAUUGUGAUGUUGCACAGGGUUUGAUCAAAUGGACCAAAUAAUAAAUCAGCAAUAAAAUAAUCUCACAUAUCUGUUAAGCAUCAUUUAAAUAAGUGGACGGUAUUUCAGCAAUCAUUUGGCAAAUCUGUAUGCAUUGUUUUUGCAUUAAUAAAUUACCUGAAAUGUAAGUACAACUACCACAAGGCUAUUUAUCUCAAGUACGCUGUUCAGGUUGAAUGUUUUAGGGAGAAAUGCUACACAACAUCGAUCUCUUCUGAAAAGGACCCAAUACUUAAACGCUCAGAAAAGCUAGCUCGAAAAUAUCUCCUUUGAUUUGAUCCAGGUUUAAAUUUGUAUGUGUUUGGGGUUUACUUUUUUCAUUCUUUGCUUGUAACUUUGGUGUUAUUGUUGUUAUAAGAAUGACAGUCCUAAAAUGUGGGUGCACAGAUGAAUAGUUCAGUUACACUCAGGAAACGGCACCUCAGAAAAGUAAGCCGUUCAUCCAUUUAAUUACCGACAGAUUUUUUUUUUUUUGCAACAGGCUACUUCUACCUGACAAAGGCUUUUAAAUGUUGAUUUGUAUUUUUGUUCAAUUUAUUUUUUCCUUUUAUACUGUGUGCACCUUUUCUGCGGCUGAGCUGGUUCUGCACAUCUCUUCUCAAAGCAAAGAUACUCCAGUGUGUUGUACUGAUUACUGCUGUAUUUCCUACACAGCAAGUUGAAUAACAUACAAUUACCUAAUAAAAUGCCAGGCAAUAAGAAAAAUAAAAUUCAGUUCAAAAUGUA